AUGCAUCCCAGUGCUCUUGUUGGCCUCUUGGCCUUCGCCGCUGCGGCGACUGCUGUUCCCCACAAGCCUCGCUCCGCUCACUCGACUUCUUCCAUUGAGAACCUGAAGUCCAACGUUAAGAAUGUCGUCGUUCUAGUUAUGGAGAACCGCUCUCUGGACAACCUUCUUGGUGGUCAGACCAUUGCCGGUCUGGAUAACCCCAUCAACAGCGGUCCUUUUUGCAACCCUUACAAUGUGACCGAUCCAUCCCAGGGGCACCACUGCUCUGUUGCUAAGGACUACGACUCCGUGACUGAUGACCCCAGCCACGCUGUCACUGGUAACACCAUGGAGUUCUUUAGCCAGUGGACCCCCGACAAUGCCGCCAUUGCCGAUGGCAAGUUGGUCCCCAACAACAACGGUUUCAUCCAUGAACAGAUCAACAAUUAUGGCGCUUCCGCCAAUGAGACUGUCAAGGCUAUGCUGGCCAAGCAAGUCAUGAACUACUACACCGAGGAUCAGACCCCUGUUCUGACUUCGCUGGUUCAGAACUUCCUGACAUUCAACCACUGGCACUCCGAUGUCGCUGGUCCUACCGACCCUAACCGCUUCGCUGUUGUUGCUGGUACUUCUGCUGGCCACGGUUCCAACGAUGCCACUUUCGGUACCUACGCCUUCACCCAGCGCUCCAUUUUCCAGCAACUGGGGGAGACCAACCACACUUGGCUCAACUACUGGGAUACCGCUGGCGGUACCGGUCCUGAGGCCCAUUGGUUUGCCUGGACCAAGGCCACAAGCAAUCAGGAUAAGGUUGUCCCUAUGGACCAGUUCUACUCCGAUGCCGCCAAUGGCUCUCUACCAGAGUUCUCCUACUUGAACCCCUCCUGCUGCGGCGUCGGUACCACAUCUAUGCACGACAGCGGUCUCAUCUCCGACGGUGAGGCCUUCAUCAAGAAGGUCUACGAGUCUCUCCGUGCCAGCCCUCAGUGGGAGGAGACUCUCUUUGUCCUGACUUUCGACGAGAGCGGUGGCUUCCAUGAUCACGUUCCCCCGCCCCUGGCCACUCGCCCCGACGACCUGACUUACACCGAGAAGGCGCCCAACGGCGAGGAGUACACUCUCGAGUUUAAUCGUCUCGGUGGCCGCAUUCCCACUCUCCUCAUCUCUCCCUGGGUCAGCAAGGGCUACGUUGAGCAGAAAGGUACCAACCACCGUGGCCAGACUCAGUCUUACUCGGCUACUUCUCUGCUUCGCACUCUUGGUUAUCUCUGGAACUUUGAGCCCUUCAACCCCCGUGUUCAGGACGCUGCUUCUUUCGAGCACUUGAUCCGGAACUCUCCUCGCAAGAACGCUCCCAAGAAGCUUCCCACUCCCCAAACCUUUUCCCGCUAG